CGCUCCCGUCGAAUUGACCACUCUCUGGCGGCUUUGGUAACUCCUCCGCUGUUUUUUGGGAUGAUACCACUGACCACCAGUGCGUUUCAGGUGCUGUCACAACCUUCAGCGCGACAUUGCGUCAGUUAGAACCGUAGGUAGGUGCGUCGUAGUCUGGUGGUGUCCCGACAGCACUGCCGCCACACAUGUACAUAAACCUACACGUGCCGACCGGGAUGGGAAUGUGCAGCUUAACGAGACCCUACCGGAAUUAUGUUUGCAGCGGGAUUCCGUUUCCAGCCCUCCGGUAAACCCGGUGUCGUUUCUGCGAUGGAAUUACGCUGGAGUUUAUGUUCAAAAACGGAGCCUUGCCACAGGCUGUGUGUUUGUGUGUUGUGAGUGUUUUGAAUGUCUGAAUGUUGACUGUGUGAGGGAGCCUGAGUGUAUGUGUGUGUGUGUUUGUAUGCGAGAGCGUCAGGCAUGGACGAGCAGGCCCAGGUGUUGUUCGAUGCCUUCGUGCAGGCGUCUACCUGCCGGGCCACGCUGUCUGCGUUUGAGCAGGUGUGCUUGUUGCUAGGGAUACAGCCGGGCCCACGCCUCUACCACACGCUCCGGCCGCGACUGGACUACUGGAGGGUGCGAGGCCUGUGGGCGAGACUGGACAAGAGGGCCACACACACUCUCAACCAGAAAGGCUUUGCCUGCGCCAACACUACGUGUCUGAUCAUCGGUGCGGGGCCCUGUGGCCUGCGGACGGCCAUCGAGCUGGCGUUCCUGGGGGCGCGGGUGCUGCUGCUGGAGAAGAGGGACUCGUUCUCGCGGAACAACGUGCUCCACCUGUGGCCCUGCACCAUCCACGACCUCCGCGGCCUCGGCGCCAAGAAGUUCUACGGACAGUUCUGCGCCGGAUCCAUCGACCAUAUCAGCAUCAGACAGCUGCAGCUGAUCCUGCUGAAGGUGGCUCUGCUACUGGGGGUGGAGGUGCAUGUGAAUGUGGAGUUCAAAGAUCUGAACGAGCCGUCAGAUGAGCAGCAGACUGGAUGGAGGGCUGUUGUCAAUCCUAAGAACCAUCCCAUCAGCCAGAUUGAUAUCGAUGUGGUCAUUGGAGCUGAUGGACGCAGGAACACGUUACCUGGGUUCAGAAGGAAGGAGUUCCGUGGAAAGCUGGCUAUUGCCAUCACGGCAAACUUCAUCAACCGGCGUACAAGGGCAGAGGCCCAGGCUCAGGAGAUCAGUGGGGUGGCCUUCAUCUUCAACCAGAGCUUCUUCCAGGAGCUACGCGCACACACAGGCAUCGACCUGGAGAACAUCGUCUACUAUAAAGACGACACACACUAUUUCGUGAUGACAGCUAAGAAACAGAGUCUUCUGAAGAAAGGAGUCAUCUUACGAGACUAUGCCGACACGGAGCAGCUGCUCUCCCGCGCAAACGUGGACCAGAACGCCCUGCUGUCGUACGCGCGCGAGGCCGCCGACUUCUCCACCAACCACCAGCUCCCCGUGCUGGACUUUGCCAUCAACCACUACGGCCAGCCGGACGUGGCCAUGUUCGACUUCACGUGCAUGUACGCCUCGGAGAACGCCGCGCUGGUGCGCCAACGUGGUGAACACUCCCUGCUGCUCACGCUGGUGGGAGACAGUCUACUGGAGCCUUUCUGGCCAAUGGGAACAGGAAUUGCUCGUGGCUUCAUGGCCGCUAUGGAUACAGCAUGGAUGAUCCGCAGCUGGGCGCUAGGCAGCACUCCACUGGAGGUUCUGGCUGAGAGAGAGAGUGUGUAUCGUCUGCUGCCCCAGACCACGCCUGAGAACAUCAGUAAGAACUUCGCCCAGUACAGCCUGGACCCUCACACACGAUACCCCAACAUCAACAAGCGCCUCAUCAACCCAUCACAGGUUUGUCACCUUCUGGACACUGGGGAUGGAGGGUUUUCUUUUCCAGAGAGACUCCACUCCACACCACAGAUGACCAGACAAGAGUCCAUGGCCCGAUCCAAUGCCUUGCUGAACUGGUGCCAGGAGCAGACGCGAGGUUACCGUGGUGUCAAUGUGUGUGACUUCACUUCCUCCUGGAGGAAUGGCCUUGCCCUGUGUGCCCUUAUCCACCACAACAGGCCUGACCUCAUUGACUUUGACGCCCUUGACCCACGAGGCGCAGUCAGCAAUGGGCAGCUGGGACUGGACGUUGCCGAGCGCGAGUUUGGCAUCUCUCCAAUCAUGACAGGCACAGAGAUGAGUCUGCUGAAUGAGGCCGACUCCCUCAGCAUGGUAGUGUACCUGAGUCAGAUCCAGCAGCUCCUCAAGGAUGCAACGCCCUCUGCUGAAGGGAUGUCUCAGAGUGGUACUCUCAUCUCCUCCAUCUCCCUCCUCAACAAACUGGGCCACAGUUUCUCUCGCAAGCGCAAUCCCAACCCCAAGGAUAAGAAAGAGAAGGAAGAGGACAGAGGGAAGCGGAGGAAAACCAGCCAGGCGGGCCAGUCUGAGGAGGAGGACAUGCCAAGCGAUCACCAUGGUAACGAGAGCUCAGAUGUCGCCGGGGUGAUGGACGAGAGCUUGUGGCUGAGCGCUGGGGGAAAUCACAACCGAGUCAGGUCAAUGGCCACGCUGCUGCUGGCCAAGUUUGAGGAGAACGCGCCCUCUCCAUCCCCACUAACCAACUCUCGCAGACAGCCCCCGGGCGGUGUGUGUGCGAGCGACGUGUGCUUCUUCUGCGGCCGGCGCGUGUACGCUCUGGAGCGCCUGAGUGCCGAGGGCAAGUUCUUCCACCGCAGCUGCUUCCAGUGCGCCCUCUGCAGCGCCACCCUCAGGCUGGCAUCCUACACCUACGACGAGCUGCAAGGGAAAUUCUACUGCAAGCAGCAUUAUGAGCAGACACUAACUGGAAUUCACAGGAGAAAAUCAACAGCUGCAACAUUCUACUCCAUGUCUACACAGGCUACCUCAUCGAUCCCCCUCUCCGAGUCCACUCCAUCAAUAGCCACAGCCGCUGCCCUUCCUCCACUCACCCUCCCACACACACCACGCACGCCCAGCUCACCGGACACACAGCGACAGACACACACACUCGCGCCGCCUGCCUCACAGUCGCAGCCAAACACACCUACCUCACCUCUCCCACCCUUCCCGCUUCAUAUAAACACACCGACAACUCCACAAACACACACACACACCAACCUUACCAUUCAGAAAAAUGCACAAACGCCACCACACACACACUCCAUCAUGGUGCCACCCCAUACAUUCUCCUUCAACAACAUGUCUGCCCCUCCUGUGACACACACACACUCACCUGCAGUGGACACACACACACCUACAUCAGUCGUGCCUCCCUACACACACGCCACACCGGAAUCACCCGCGUCUCCCAUGGUGACCACCGUAGCCAAAGCAGAGAGUCCAGAGAACAUUCUGGUGGCCAACACCUCCCCUCCGCACACACACUCACACACACACUCCGCCUCGCACACACCCAACGGCGCGCUCGCCGCCACUCGCGGCCUCCUCCGGCUCGAGCCCGGCACCCUGUCGCUCCCGCCGCACACACACUCGCACACACACUCCCCCACCACGCCCGAACGCAUCGAGCUGGAGUACUGCAUGCCGCCGCCGCCGCCGCUGCCACAGCCACCGGUGCCCGUGCCGCACGCCCUCGCCCUCACCCACGGGCACGCCCACGUGACGCCCGAGCGCAUCGAGCUGGAGAACUACACGCCGUCGCACUCGCACACGCUCAGUCCGGCCAGCCCCAUGCUGGAGGUGCCCGAGGAGACGCUCACGCAGCACAACCUCAGCCAGAGGGAGCUGAGCGGGGAGGAGCCCAGCAGCUCAGAGUCAGACUUAGAGGAACUGGAGGACCUUCAGGCAAGAGAGGAACGAGAGAGGGAGGGAGGGAGACAGACAGACGAGAGGAGAGUGGGAACGAAAGAAGAGGUAGAGAAGACCGAGGGAGGAGAAGAAGAGGUAGCAGAGUCUGGGGAGGAAGAGGGGGAGGAUUAUGCGGACUCCAGCGACGAGGGUGAAUAUUCUCCCUGGGAGAGAGAACGUUGGUCGGGGGUGUGGCUUGGUCCUGUGACUGAAGAAGAUGAGGCGGGGUUAGUGAAAGAGCCCAGUGAAGUGGAAGAUUACCCAGAUCACUACGGUUCCCUUGAUACCCCCGACGUGUCAGUUAUGACCGAUGCCAAGUUCAGUCUCUCCUCUUCGUCAACGCUCCUCUGCUCUGCUCUCACGUCACACACACAGCCCUCCUCCCCCACGCUCACCCAGACCUCUACCCCGCAGCAGUCUGCACACACACCGACACACACGCCGCCCAACACGCCGCCGGAGACGAUGGAAAAGCGCUCGGUCCGACGCUCCGAGGUCAUCCAGGAGUUCUGGAUGAAGAGCUCGGAGAUCAGGAAACGCCUGGGCGCCACGCCGCGCGCACACACGCACGUCUCCGCGCGUUCGAGACACACACACGCCCACGGUCACACGACCGGCGCCGACGGCUCAACACCGCCCGCCGAUGAGCGUGCGGGUGAGGGGAAGUGUGUGUGCGAGGAGUGUGUGUGCGCAGAGGUGGCUCGGAGGCUUACCGUCAUGGAGCAGAAUCUGCUGACCCCUCCCUGCAGUCCAGCCACCCAUGCCAACAGCAACUCCAACUCCAACUCUAACGCUAAUUCUGAGCCGAACCUUUUUGACGGCUCUGAGCCUAAACUUGACACAGAAUUUGACCCGAGCCUUAUACCCGACCUUAGCGUCGAUCCUGACCUUGACCUUAGCCUUGACCCUGAAGCUGACCCGAUGCCUUGCUGCAAAGUGGACUUUGACCCGGGCAGUCGCUCCGUCCCGCUGGUGUGCGAGGUCCUCCUCAGUUCGUCCGCCCCGGUCCAGAGCGUGGCGGACGCGAAGACGUACGCGUCCGCCGACCCGGACACGCAGGUGACCUCGGACGCUCAAGCGUGCGUCGGCAACGCGCACCCCCGCCCCGACACGGACCCGCCGCCGUCGCACUUUGUGUACCCGGACACUCCGGAGAAGAAGGAGAUGUACACUCAGACCUCCUCGUCGACCGCCGCCGGCAGGCCAAAGUUAGCCGAGAACGGCACGAGUGGCGGACACGGCCACUCGAACAACGUCGCGAUGCAUGCUGGGAGGGCCGUCGAGCCGAGGGUGGUGGUGGAGGCGGAGCAACGCCGACGCCUCGGCAUCUUCUCGCCGCGGAAAACAGCGUCGGCGUCGGCGGCGCACACGCUCCCCUCCCCGGAGAGGCCCAAACACAAGUCCCUGUGGAAGAGCGUGUUCUCCGGGUACCGCAGGAAGAAGAAGGAGGCGGAGCCGGCGGGAGCGGUGGCCGGCGGCAACCAGGAGGCCGGCAAGAGGAGGUCACAGGCGUCCAGCAGGAACACAGAUCUGCGUUUCAAGAAGAACCUAACUUUCGCUGCCGACUCGUCACUGUCAUGCAGUGAUGUGCUGGAGAGAUUACCCCUCAGAGCCCAGUUAAGUUUUGAACCAUCUGACAUCCAGAAAGACAUAAUAAAGGAGGAAGAGGAAGGGGAGGAUGACUUCAAUGGAGAUGAGAGACGCAGUGCUCGACCCCGCCGACCCGUGGUCCCCCAAACCCCGCCGGACGCCUCGUGCUCCACGGAGGUGGUGGGGGUGUGGGUGGUGCCGCCCGACCCGUCCAGCCUGAGCGUGUCCACGGACAUCCUGCAGGAGCUGCAGGAGCAGAGGCAGCCGCUGUCCCACACGCAGUCGCUGGCCGAGAGCAGCGACCCCAGGCAAACGCGCAGGAUCCAGAGGGAGGCCCAGCGACACGCCAAGCAACAGGAGCUCAAGAGGCUGCACCGCGCACAGAUGAUUCAACGUCAGCUGGAGCAGGUGGAGGUGAAGCAGAGGCAGCUGGAGGAGAUGGGAGUGGCUGUGGAGAAAGCACUUAGAGGGGAAGCAGAUUACUGGGAGGACUCCAACUCCACUGCAGUGCUGGACAUGCAUCUGGGUGUUUCUCCUAGUUCUCCUCUCAGAAGACCCGCCCCUCCUUGUCCUUGCACUUCCUCUCAAGUGGCCAGAGGGGACCACGAGCACUCUCUCUACGUCUGUCUGGUCUUUUUCCUUUACGUAGUGCAGCAGCCACCCCUCCAUCAGCUAAUUUCUGUUGGCUCUCCUCAGAGAAGACGUACACCUUUCUGUCCUUGCUCCUCCUCCAACGCUAUGGGAGCGAGAGAUGACCCCUCUCUGAUGCAGCAGUGGUUUAAAUUGGUGCAGGAGAAGAAUGCUCUGGUGCGCUAUGAAUCUGAGCUGAUGAUAUUUGCACGAGAGCUGGAGUUGGAGGAUCGUCAGAGUCGUCUCCAGCAGGAACUCAGGGAACGAAUGGCAGUGGAUGACCAUUUGAAGGGUGAGGAGGAGCUGGCGGAAGAGAGGAGCAUUCUGUGUGAGAUGCUGGAGGUGGUGGAGCAACGUGAUUGGCUGGUCUCCCUGCUGGAGGACCAGCGUCUGAAGGAGAGGGAAGAGGACCGAGACUUGGAGGCCACCAUCUUGUCUAAGGGCUUCAGUUUGCACUGGACCUGACACACACACACACACACACACACACACACACACACACACACACACACACACACAUACAUAAACACACACACAUACACACACACACACACACACACACACACACACACACACACACACACACACACACACACACACACACACACACACACACACACACACAUAUCGAACAUGCUCGCUCAUACACACACACACACACACACACACACACUCGUCUAAUGCGCAUGCAUUGCAUACACACACAAACACACACAUACAGUUCUCACUACUUCUGACCUGAAGAAAGAGGGACUGGAAAAGUUGUGCGUGCAUUCAGACUUAGCUGCUAUGCUCCUUGUGGAGGAGAUUGAUGCCUUGCUGCCAAAUAGUGCUCUCUCAGUGCAGUCAGCUGUUCCCCUGUAUAUAAGGAAGACCCCCCCCCUCCCCUAAAAAAGGAAUACUACAGAUUAUGCAAUUGAAAAUGGAUGUCUUACUUUGUCCAAAUGUACAUGGAGUCAAUUGAGUAAAAUAUUUACAAGUGUAGCCUAUAAUAAUCAUGAUUUAUUUUCCAAACUAAUUAAGUAAUCAAAUUCAGAAGUAUUGACCUUUGGUGAAUUUGUCCUUACACGUUCUCAGACAUGAUGUGUUUGGGCAUACUCAUGUAAGGCAUCAUCCUCUAAGAAUAACUGCUUUGGCCUGUAAAGACAGUUUUCAUUAUGCUUAACUGUGGCAACAUUGAGCAUUCACCCAUAGUGCAAGUAGCAAUACAUUGUAUGGUGUUGAAUAUGGUGAUGAAAUGUGACUCGAUUUGUUUUACAAUGUACAUGUAAUGUUUUCUUUUAA